AUGACAUCGAAUUCCGCUAGUAAUUUAGACGAACAUUUAAAUCAAAUUCUAUUUUGGAUUGGUCAUUUUAUUUUAAUUAUUCAAAUGGUAUUUGGAACAUUUGGAAAUCUACUUAAUAUUAUUAUAUUUACUCGUCGUGCUUUACGUAACAAUUCAUGUUCAAUGUAUUUUUUAAUUGUUUCAAUCAGCAAUCUUUUAGAAAUUUAUAUCGUUACACUUUUCAAUCAUAUUUCAACUAGUUGGAAUUGGAUUCCUGCGAAUACAAAUAUUGUUUGGUGUAAAAUAAAUGGAUUUUUAACAUAUCCUCUCAUUGCUCUUGGUUUAUGGUUUAUUGUUCUGUGUAGUUUUGAUCGAUAUCUUACAAGUUCACAUAAUGCAAAUAUCCGAAAAAAGAGUACUUUAUCAUUAGCGAAAAAGAUGACUUUCUCUACUAUGUUAUUCUUUUUUAUAAUAUUUGGACAUUUAGGAAUUAUUAUUAGACCUUUCACAAUUGAUGAUGAAACUUAUUGUACCGUUUUAUCAUCGACUUAUAUUAUUUUUUACAAUAUAUUAUUUGUUAUUGUUGGUAAUGUUUUACCGAUUAUAUUAAUGGCUAUUUUUGGUAUUUUAACAGUAUUGAAUAUUCGUAAGAUUCAUAUCAAUGUUGUUCCAUUACAAAUCAACAACAUAACAAGUAAACGAAUACAUUCGAAAGAUCAACAAUUAAUUCGAAUGCUUUUAUUUCAAGUAUUAAUUACUGUUCUCAUAUCGAUUCCAUAUUGUUGUAUUAAUAUGUAUCAAACAUUCGCUCAACUUUUACUUCGACAACAUUUUUCAUCAUCAGAAUCAGCAAUAAUCUAUUUCAUCGAUAAUCUCUUAGCAAUGAUUCAUUUAACUAAUUCUGUUAUAGGAUUUUAUAUCUAUACGCUAACCGGUCAUAAAUUUCGUGAAGAAUUGAAACGUUGUUUUCAGUAUGGACUAAAGAUAAUUUUCACCGCAUGUUAUUUACCCUUGAAAAUUCAGCAAGCGCUAUUUUCUAAUAAACAUCAAAGAAGGAAUCAUAUCCAUCCUAUUGAACAACAACAACCCGUGGUCCUCACAACUGCUGUUUAG